AUGGUUUCUGCAUCCAAAGCCGCCCGUGACGCAAAGCGCGCCGAAGCCGGCAAGGCUCCCAAGAAGACUCUCGCCCAGAAGAAGGCCGAGAAGUCGGGCACCAGCACCNCUCUGAUUGAUGCUGACGGCCAGGAGCUCGACGCCGACGGCGUCAAGACCAUGGAGAGAAUCAAGAAGCUCGAGCUGCAGGAAGACGACGACGGUAUCUCGGACAGAGUCACAACCGGUGUCCUUGCAUCGCAGGAGGCCAGCAGAGACGUCAAGAUCACCUCGGCCUCGCUCGUCUUCCACGGAAAGGUUCUGUUCAACGACACCACCCUCGAAGUCAACUACGGCCGUCGCUACGGUCUGUUGGGUGAGAACGGUUGCGGAAAGUCGACCCUGCUCAAGGCCAUCAACGCCCGCGAAUUCCCCUUCCCUGACCACAUCGACAUCUACCUUCUCAACGAGGGUGCUCCCCUGACCGACCUUGGUGCCCUCGAGUGGGUCGUCAGACAGGCCGAAGAGGAGCUCGCCCGUCUUGAGAAGUUGGUUGAGACCAUUCUUGAGGAGAACGGCCCCGAGGACCCCAGACUUGAGGAGAUUUACGAGACCCGUGCAUCCCUCAUCUUGACUGGUCUCGGCUUCAACAAGAAGACGAUCCACAAGAAGACCAGAGACAUGUCUGGUGGUUGGCGUAUGCGUGUCGCCUUGGCCAAGGCUCUCUUCGUCAAGCCCUCGCUCCUUUUGCUCGACGACCCCACUGCCCAUUUGGAUCUCGAGGCCUGUGUGUGGCUUGAGGAGUACAUGAAGAAGUGGGACCGCACCCUCAUCCUCGUCUCUCACUCGAUGGAUUUCCUCAACGGUGUCUGCACAACCAUGAUCGACAUGCGUAUGAAGCAGCUCAUGUACUACGGUGGUAACUACGACUCGUACGCCAAGACCAGAACCGAGCAGGAGAUCAACCAGAUGAAGGCAUACGAGAAGCAGCAGGACGAAAUCAAGCACAUCAAGAAGUUCAUCGCUUCCGCCGGUACUUACGCCAACUUGGUGCGUCAGGCCAAGUCGCGCCAGAAGAUUCUCGACAAGAUGGAGGCCGAUGGCUUCAUCCAGCCCGUCCACCAGGACAGAGUCUUCUCCUUCCGCUUCGCCGAUGUCGAGAAGCUCCCUCCCCCAGUUCUGUCGCUCGACGACGUUACCUUCUCCUACUCUGGCAACUCCGAGGACAACCUGUACGAGAACCUCGACUUCGGUGUCGACAUGGACUCGCGUACUGCUCUCGUGGGCCCCAACGGUGUCGGCAAGUCGACUCUUCUCAACAUCUUCACCGGCAAGCUCAGACCUACCUCCGGUGUUGUCUCCCGUCACACCCACUUGAAGCUCGGUGUCUACUCGCAACACUCCGCUGAGCAGCUUAUCCUGACCAAGUCAUCCCUCGACUUCGUCCGCGACAAGUUCCCUCACGUCUCUCAGGACCCCCAGUACUGGAGACAGCAGCUCGGCAAGUACGGUCUCACUGGUGAGGCCCAGACCGCCCUUAUGGGUACCCUUUCCGAAGGACAGAAGAGCAGAAUCGUCUUCGCCCUUUUGGCCAUUGAGUCGCCCAACAUGAUCCUGUUGGACGAGCCUACCAACGGUCUCGAUAUCCCUACCAUCGACUCGCUCGCCGAUGCCAUCAACGCCUUCUCCGGUGGUGUCGUCGUCGUGUCUCACGACUUCAGACUUCUCGACAAGAUUGCCAAGGACAUCAUGGUCUGCGAGCACAAGACCGUCAGACGAUGGGAGGGCAGCAUCGGCGAGUACAAGAACUACUUGCGCAAGAAGAUGUUGGCCAGCAACUCUGUCUAA